CAUCUUCUCAAUUCUCUCUCUCUCUGGAGUGAACUGUUGUUGUUGUGAGCUCUUUGGUUUCAUCGAGACAGACCUAAACCCGGAUCUGAACUAAGAAGAAGAAGAAGAAUGGCGUCUUCGUCGUUCUCAGUCACGUCUCCGGCUGCUGCUUCCGUCUACUCAGUCACCCAAACAUCGUCCCAUCUCCCUCUCUCAUCAACCCGCUCCCGCAGAGUUUCUUUCCGUCUCUCCGCUAAGCCUAAGCUUCGCUUCCUCUCCAAGCCUAGUCGCAGUAGCUACCCUGUGGUGAAAGCUCAAUCCAACAAGGUUAGUACUGGUGCAUCAUCAAAUGCUGCCAAAAUUGAUGCGCCGUCAGCUGAAGGAAAGGAGAAAAACUCGUCCUCUUCUUCUUCCUCACCUGAAUUAGCUACAGAAGAGUCUAUUUCUGAGUUCCUUACCCAAGUAACAACUCUUGUCAAGCUUGUGGAUUCGAGAGACAUCGUUGAGUUGCAGUUGAAACAACUCGACUGUGAACUAACCAUUCGGAAAAAGGAAGCCUUACCUCAGCCCCAAGCUACACCGUAUAUUAUGAUGCAGCAACCAAGCCAACCAUCUUAUGCCCAAUCUAUGGCUCCUCCCCCUGCACCUGCUGCUUCCUCACCAGCCCCUUCCGCACCAGCCGCCCUGCCUCCACCUUCCCCACCUCCUGCAGCCAAAUCAUCACUUCCUACUGUUAAAAGCCCCAUGGCAGGCACAUUCUACCGUAGUCCUGGACCUGGUGAACCACCUUUUAUCAAGGUUGGAGAUAAAGUGCAGAAGGGGCAAGUUCUAUGCAUCGUUGAAGCCAUGAAGUUAAUGAAUGAAAUUGAGUCUGACCAAUCAGGAACUGUAGUCGAUAUUGUCGCAGAAGACGGCAAGCCUGUCAGCCUCGACACUCCUCUGUUUGUGGUUCAACCGUAGAAUCGGCACCAUGAGAUAAUGGAGAAAAGAAGAAGAAGCUCUACGAAAAUUCAAAAUCUCUAUGCUUUUGGUAAAACAAUUUGCUGAGACUCUUAAGAAAAAUGUUUUCCCUUCGUCUUCACUGUUAAAGUCUGUUAGGUUUCUUAGUUUCGUGAGGAAAGAUUUGAGUUUUUAUUAGUUUCUCUAUUCGUUUAAAACAAAGAGAUGAGACAUUUUUUUUCUUUCUUCAUAACCUCUGUUUUUUCAUACACGAAUUCUUGCUCUGUUCUAUUGCAAUUUUUCAAA